GCGAGUCCGGGGCUGGAGCCCCGAGGUGGGAGGCGCCAAGAUCACUCAGUGCGCCCGGGAGCGGAGCGACGGCUGCCACCCACUUAGGCGACCUCAGCGGCGGUGACAACUGCAGGGAAACAUCGUUGCGGCGGGCGCACGCCGAGGCACGUGGGGGCGCCACGCAGCGAGCGUCGGGGCCUGCUCAGCCAUGCGGGCGGCGGCGUGCGGCGUGCGGGCGGCCGCGCUGGCCCUGCUGCUGGGGGCGCUCGGGGCGCCGGCGCGCGGCGAGGAGUACGACUACUACAGCUGGCAGGCCGAGCCGCUGCACGGGCGCUCGUACUCCAAGCCGCCGCAGUGCCUCGACAUCCCCGCCGACCUGCCGCUCUGCCACACCGUGGGCUACAAGCGCAUGCGGCUGCCCAACCUGCUGGAGCACGAGAGCCUGGCCGAGGUCAAGCAGCAGGCGAGUAGCUGGCUGCCGCUGCUGGCCAAGCGCUGCCACUCGGACACGCAGGUCUUCCUCUGCUCGCUCUUCGCGCCCGUCUGCCUCGACCGGCCCAUCUACCCGUGCCGCUCGCUGUGCGAGGCCGUGCGCGCCGGCUGCGCGCCGCUCAUGGAGGCCUACGGCUUCCCCUGGCCCGAGAUGCUGCACUGCCACAAGUUCCCCCUGGACAACGACCUCUGCAUUGCUGUGCAGUUCGGGCACCUGCCCGCCACCGCGCCUCCAGUGACCAAGAUCUGCGCCCAGUGUGAGAUAGAGCACAGUGCUGACGGCCUCAUGGAGCAGAUGUGUUCCAGCGAUUUUGUGCUCAAGAUGCGCAUCAAGGAGAUCAAGAUAGAGAAUGGGGACCGGAAACUGAUUGGAGCCCAGAAAAAGAAGAAGUUGCUCAAGCCGGGUCCCCUGAAGCGCAAGGACACCAAGAGGCUGCUGCUGCACAUGAAGAAUGGCGCCAGCUGCCCCUGCCCACAGCUGGACAGCCUGGCUGGCAGCUUCCUGGUCAUGGGCCGCAAAGUGGAUGGACAGCUACUGCUCAUGGCCAUCUACCGCUGGGACAAGAAGAAUAAGGAGAUGAAGUUCGCAGUCAAAUUCAUGUUCUCCUACCCCUGCUCCCUUUACUACCCCUUCUUCUAUGGGGCUGCUGAACCCCACUGAAGGGUGCUCCUCCCCGCCCUACCCAGCCAGCUGUGCCCUGCCCACUGUCUCUGCCCCUGGGGUGCACUCUCUCCUGCCAACCUGCCCCAACCCCUACUCCCAGGCUGACCCAGCCCCUGCCGGAGAGUGGGUUCAUGCAGAGGUGUUACCUGCACAGGCCCUAAGGGAUGAGCACGCAGCCUGGGCUGUCUCUGACUUGGGUUCUGGGGUCCUUGGGGGCUUUGUCUCUUAGGAGCAGGGCUUUCUCAUGUGGGGGGAAACCCCAGGGUCUCAGAAAGAGAGCAAAGGAAGGAGAGAGUGAAGGGAGCAGGGAGGGGCUCUGAGCAGCCUGAGAAGAUGGCUUCCAGAGCAGACCGUGGUGUCUGCUCCUCAGUUGCCGGUGGGACCUCGUCCUGAAGAGAAGUCUUGAUAUUAAGCUGAGCCUCUUGGGGGACAGCUCUCUGCCCCCUCACAUGUCCUUACUCCAAGGAAGGGUGUUAGAGUCACAUUGCCCUCCAGCCACACGUCCUCAUCUCUGCCUGUUUCCCUUCCCACUGGACUGGAGAGAAACCCAGCCCAGGCCCCCUCCCAUAGGCUCACUUCCUGGAGUUCAUUCCUCAGCCUCUGCAUAUUCCUCUUAUUCUGAGGAUGAGUAAAUUAUUCCUACUUUGGGGGGGGGGCAUAGGUACCAGACUGAUACAGGUAGGGUCUGGGGGGGGUUCCCCUAAAUUUUUAAUUAAAUCAAAGGAAACAACCGUUGUUUCUGACCAGGUGAGUUCUUCAUCAGCUGGUUCCCCAGAGGUUCAAGAGGCCCUUGUCACAGCCGCCUGUCCACUGUCAUACUUGGAAUGCCUGAGAGAUGCCCGUGUUUUUGUACAAUCUCUGAGAGCAAGGGUUGCCCUUCUUAUCCCCCGACUAAAUAAGGGAUGAAGAUGACCAUCCUUCAGUCCCUGAGCGGGGACAGAGCUGCCAAACUUCCCAGCCUUCUCCCAUGGUCAGAAGGCUCCCACAGCCCUGAUGCAUCUCUCCAAUGUGUACAAUGCCUGCUCCGAAGAGCCCAACAAGGCUGGGCUGCAGGGAACUACUCGGAAGAGCCACAGGCCUAAAUGGGUCACAAUUCCCCCUUCAGCACACAAAUACCCCUGGGCACCAGUCCUGACUUGUGGGAGACAAUGGUGUAGACCAAUGCCACUCUAACCAUGGUUCCUGGCGCAGAGCAUUUCACCUGGGAACUGGUUAAAAACACAGCUCAGGCCCCACCCCAGACGUGCAGUAUCAGAGUCUGCAUUUUAACAUGUAAAGCUUCAAGUUAUCUAGCGAACUUUACAAAAUACUUGGCUCCAAUCUAAAACGAUUAAAUCCAAACCUCUGCAGGGUGCUCAGAAAUCAGCAUUUCUAGAUGCUUCGUGGCAUGUGUGCUGCUAGGGUUGAGAACCUCAAUCUAGAGGAGCCACAGCAGAGGCAGGAGGGUGAGGGGCUAGGAUUACCUCAGGCUGGAGGGGUCUUAGUCCUGCAUACAGGGAGGGGACCAGCUAUAAUGCAGCGGCUUCUUUCUUCAGUGUGCCCAGAGCAGUGGAGGUUGCUAGAUGGAGCAGGGAUGAGAGAAGGCUUGAAACAUAGACACCAGGCUGCUGUCACUCAAAUGUCCAGCAUUUGGAGGGGAUGGCGCCAAGGGAAAGUCCCUGGCAGUGGUGGGGUGUGGGGUGUCCAUCAGCAGAUGCCAAGGACAGGGCAGAUGUGCCCAGAGCAGGGGGCUGAGGACACCCCCAGAGAGGCUUCCUCACCAGUGGAGAUACAGCUGGCUUGCCAAGUCCAGUCAAGGCCUGCUACUCCAACAAUGGAGCCACGCUCUCUCAAAGUGAGGAGAGCCUUGGCUUCUGCAGGUCUCAGAGGAGCAAGCUGCUACAGAGAUUCAAACAAGGCCGAGGGCCCAAACUCUGCUGCGGAGCCUGUGUGAGCCAACAGGUGGUCUGACAGCCCGCCCAUAAAUCACUCCCUGGGCAGUCAGGUGGCCUCACCACAGGCCAGGGGCGGCAGAGGCCUGCUUGUUUCUCCUCACCCCUAAGGAAGCCUCUGCCACCCACCCUCCCCGAGCGCUGCCCAGCCUACCUGGCUCCCUGAAUCUGCCCCUUGUCUUCCAGCCUCCUACCCCGACCAAAUAUUUACAGAUACUUCUAUGGUCAACUAGGAGCAGGGAUUAUUUUUCCAUUGAACAUACAGGACUCAGGCUGCCUCUGGCCAGAACAUAAUACUGACCUCUGUCAGGUGCUGGCAGCAAGGG